UCUUAGCAUAAUCUAUAAAAUGGGUAUUUGUUGUUGUAAAGAGGAGGAAAUUGAUUUCAACGCCGAAGUUGAGUUAUCUCAUUUUCAUUUAUUGAGAUCCGUGGGGAAAGGUGCUUUUGGAAAGGUUCGCGUUGUGCAACACAAAAAUUCAAAAAUUCUGUAUGCUCUCAAGUACAUUAACAAGUCAAAAUGCAUAAAAAUGCGCGCAGUAGAAAACAUUAUACAAGAACGCCGGUUAUUAGAAGAGAUUGAUUAUCCAUUGGUGUGCAAUUUGCGAUACGCUUUUCAAGAUGACGAUAACAUGUUUAUGGUCCUUGAUUUAAUGUUGGGGGGCGAUUUAAGAUUCCACCUGGAAAGACAGGGGAAUAUGAAGGAAGAAGUUGUGAAAUUUUAUGCUGCUGAAAUCAGUCUUGGGUUGGCCUACCUACACUCUAAAAAAAUUGUUCAUAGGGACCUAAAGCCUGAUAAUGUUCUCUUAGAUGAAAAAGGACAUGCACAUUUAACAGAUUUCAAUAUAGCCGUUCAUUUCAACGAGAGGAAGCCCCUUACAUCAGUUGCAGGUUCGAUGGCUUAUAUGGCUCCAGAGGUACUUUCCAAGAAAGGAUAUUUUGACUCGGUGGAUUGGUGGUCUCUUGGCAUAGUGCUAUAUGAACUUCUUUUCAGUAAGCGCCCAUUCCGUGGAAAGACCAAUGCCGCCUUGACUCAUGCAAUUUUGAAUGAUUCCUUGCAUUUUCCGGAGAAUGUUCGAGAGAUGAUUUCCGAUGAAUGUAUAGAUUUUUUAAAACGAUUAUGUGAACGAGACAUAUCAAAACGUAUUGGUUGUGGGCCAAACGGUUUGGAGGAUAUCAAGCGUCAUCCAUGGUUUAAAGGCGUAGAGUGGGAUAAACUCGUUGUAAAACAGGCAAAAGCACCAUUCAUCCCAGAUCCCAAAAGAGCUAAUUUUGAUGCUACUCAUGAACUUGAGGAGUUACUGCUUGAAGACAAUCCACUCAAAGCCAAAAAGCGUGCAAACCCCAACCAAGAUCUCAGUGAGCUUUCCAGAGAAGUGAGAAUGAUGGAAGAAAAAUUCUUGAUAUACGAUUUCACAAAGAUGUGUCGGAGAAGCUAUUACAAUCCCCAAAUGACUUCUACCGAGAAAAGAUUAAGGCGAAAAAGUGAAAGUAGAAGCAGUGGCAGCUCUACAGCAGUUGAUCGCAUAGCAACUAAUUCGUCAAAUACAAAUCCAAAUUUUAGCAUGGAUACAAAUGCAUCCACUUUGCCAACUCGUCCACCAUCAGCAAAAUUAAUGCAUGCACGUACAGAAUCGGAUUUGACCACUGUGGGACUCUCGGAAGAACAAAAAGAACAUAAAAACAAGGAAAAAACAAAAGGUGAAUGGUUAAGUGAAAGACCAACGUCAUCUCAAAAUCGUGAUGUCGGGAAAAUGUCUGGGUUUACGUUGGGUCCAGUUCCGAUCAAUGGAAGAUCAAGCCCAAUAGUAUCAUCCAAUGAUUCAGACAUCGUUUCAACAAAGCAAUUCCCCACAGGAUACACCUCGCCUGUACCAUCCAUUAUAACUUCAGAGAAUCACAAAGGAGGUUCCUCCUUUUCAUCAGCAACGCAGGCGACCUCUUCAUUAACCCCGCCACCGCGAAUUCAACAAACACCCCCCAAAAUAUACAAUACUGUUACACCUCCUUCCUCAUUCCCCCCUUCACCUAAUCCGAAUCCUUCAAUUGCUGUUCGUUCGCCUUCUCCUCAGCCAACAUCUAAAAAUUCUAGUCUUUUGGAUGUUUCGAAUGUCGAAGAACAUAGCGAAAAUUCUCAUGUGUCUCGACCUCAACCACAUCUCGCAUCACCACCCGCUAAUUACGUUAAUAAAAAUCAUUCUACAAGAGUACAGUCGUUGUCUCCGCCGUCAACCAAUAGACGAGCUGAAACCUCGUUAUCAAAUAACAAGCGAAUAUGGGAAAAUAAUAAUGAUCUAUACGAUAGUCAUUCGACGAGUGGAACUUCUGCGGGCAGCGGCAUCUCGUCAGAAAAUAGUAAUGCUGGUGGAGUUGGUCAACUCAAGGAAUAUUAUCGGAACAAUAGUGAGCUAAGCUCCGAGUCCGGGGCGUUAGGUGCCGUAGGAUUUUCUGCAAAUGAUAGAUACAUGUAA